AUGAGUCGUUUAAACUUGGACACCUCGGUCGGUGGCAACCAUAAUCAGCGAUAUUCGUUCAUGGAAACACCACUGGAGAUGCAUCUAUCACCCGACCAAAGAGAUUUAAGAUCUCCUCCCCAGUUGCCGGACUCGAGCGAUUCCCAACCUUCGCACCAUACGGAAGAGCCGAGACAGCGACAGGAAUCGUAUGCGCCGAGCGAGAAGCAACAACAGCUUCAGCACCAGGGAAUAAUGCCAGACUAUGCCAACUGCCCACCGCUAGAGGAGCACCCAGCGCAUUAUGCACCGUUUGCGAAUACAUCGCAACAGCAGCUGCAAAGGCCUCAAGUCGCUUUGCCUUACACCAACCAGGCAUAUAUAUCUCAACAGAAUACUCAGAUAUCAUCGCAGCCAUACACAAACCAGUCGCAUACAAGCAUACAGGAGCAUUCAGCCAUGCCCAUGUCUCCCCAGUCAUACUUCACCCUCCACGAACACCAGCAAAAUGCCAUCCAUAUGGCUCCGCAUUCAUACACAACCCUUCAUGAGCAGCAGCAGCAAAUCAUCCAUACCCACCCCCAAACAUACACAACCGACCCAUAUAGCAUGACCGAGCAACAAAGCCGCGACAUCCAAAUGUCACCCCAAUAUGCCACAUACACCAACCCACCAAGCUCACCACCCCCAAACUCCCCAGGACCACUCCCAUUGAAAGUAAACCCAGACGCCCCAACCCGAAGCGACACAAUGAUCGUCGCACCAGACGCAAACCCACUCCAAUCGCCCAAACUCCCAUCUUUCCCACCACCAACCAGGCAGGCGACGACACACGCGCCCGUCGAGGACUUAAGCGAAUACCACCAACCAGGCCAGAUAAUGCAUCCAAACCAAGUAGUACAGGGUGGAGGCUGGAGCAAUGGACUUUGCGAUUUUUCAAACUUCGGGAUAUGCUGUUUGGGACUUAUCUGUCCUUGUAUCCUCUAUGGGCGGACACAACAUCGCCUGACGAUGAAAUCGCGGAAGGAGGAUCCAACUAAUAUGCUCGCUUAUGAGACUUGCAAUGGGUCGUGUACUGGUAUGGGAUUGCUCUGGCUACUGGCAACCAUCCAGCACACCAGAAUCAGGAAAUCAUAUGGAAUUCAGGGUGAUAUUGCGUCGGAUUGCGUGCGGGCCACUUGCUGCACAUGUUGUACAUUGAUUCAAGAUGAGAAGGAGAUUCUCAAGCGUGAAGGGCACCGGGCUCGCGCUGCUAGGGAACGCGGGGCCACUUUGAUGUCGCCGUAUACUGCGCCAGGACCGAUGACGUAUGGUCCGAAAUAG